AGUCCGAGUCAUCGCACCGUGUGGAUGAUUCUGAAACUUGGUUUGAUUUCGUCGUUAUCGCAUCAAAUCUGGUCUCCAGUAGUCUAAGAAAGACAGUCAUUCCGUCUACUAGAUCAAAUCCUAGGAUCGGAUAUAUAUUUACUGGGUUUUUCACGAAACCUGAACAGCCAUUUCAUCUCGGUCUUCAACCUAGUCAACUUCGGUCAUCGCAAUAUGAUAACCCCACGGUUUUACUGUACCCAAACACUUGAAGCAGUGGCAGUAUCAAUUUACUGCCCAUCGGUGAGAGCCUCUGAUGUGGAGAUCAAUGUUGAUGAGACUUUGUUGACCGUUCACAUCAACCCUUAUUUUCUUCGUAUAAAUUUUCCUCAUUCAGUCCUCGACGACGACCAAUCCUCUGCAACCUAUGAUCCAAGCAGUGGAUAUUUAACGGUCACACUGACUAAAGAGACGAAGGGACAAGAAUUUCCUGACUUGGAUUUACUAGCAAAGCUACUGGCUCCUCGUCAUGUCGAAGUUCCAAAACAACCGGCUAUAGAAGUUAUCGGGUCUGAGACUUCACCACAAAGCGAGCUGGAAGAACUUGUGGAUUUAACUGAUGCAAUCUCGCUUGAACAACGGGAAAUAUUGGAAGCUGCUGAAAACGACUGGCAGUUUCCCCAGACUAUUGCAGAAUCCUCUUCUCCAUUACAACUAUCCACGAAGAGAUAUUAUGGGUUCUUGGAUAUGUACACAGGAUACUUCACCCACGUUGCUCACACAGAAAAUGAUGUCAAUGAACUUGGGAGUGAUGCUGAAAGUUGCUUACCAGAAGAACGACGAGCGAAAAGAUUGCAACAUGAAGAAGUGAAAUGGGAUGAGGAGCAUUAUAUGGCGGACUAUGUGGAUGAUGAGUGCAUUCAAGAACUUCUUGCCUGGGAAGACCCCGAGCUUAGAAAUGCUGAAUGUAUAUUCACCGAGAGCGAGAAUAUGACGAUGCUCCAUUUACCGCGCAAAGAAUACCUACCUACAAAAUCACAGCAGCGAAACUUGUAUCUGACACUGUUAACCUUGUUAUUCGCAUAUGCCUAUGACAGGCGCACGACACAGCACGACCCCACCCCUGAAAGCGCCUGGACCAUAUGCUCACUCAUACCUGCGUUUUCAGCGCUGGAUCCCCCUUCAUACGUAUCUUUAGAAAGCGUUCCUCUGUCUAUCCCCACGUCGGGGUUCACCGAUCAUGACCUCGCUUCAGCUUUGAUGCCGUCUUAUCGGCGUUCUCUUGCGUUCCCUCUCUAUCGCUCUUUCGCAAUGGCCGAUGCUUGUCGGAAUGACGUAGCAGCCAUUUUGGCGAAGGGCAAAAGGAUGGUCACGCGUUACUUAUUGGAGAUGAAACAUGUUUUGGACCAUCAUGAAGUAUAUUACGUGUAUAACAAAAUCUGGAUCGAUGACUUCUGUGUUUGGAUCCAAGCAUCUGCGAGCGAUGAGGUGUUGUUCGACAUCGCACAGCAAUUGAAAGCUCUGGCCAUUACAAAAUCGAUGAUUGGCUGGAACAUCGAGAAGUUAGAAGCUGCAACCCUUCUGGACACUACUAGUGGCGACAGUGACAACGAGUCCUCUGAAUGACCUUAUGAGGAGUCGUCUCGUGUUCAAGUUGACACACUACCUCCAGCUUGGUAACAGCAUGAACAUGUUUUGCUGGCGGGUGAAACAUGAACCAAAUUGGUACGACUUUCAGACCCACGAUGAUCGCCAAUUUAAAACACGUUGUGUCCGUCGAUUGUAUAACCUUGUAAAAUGCAAAUAACUUUCUUGCGACGGGAUCGAUGAAACUCCCAAGGGGCUCGGUUCGUACAUGCUUAUCGCAGUAAUCAACGGGCAAGGCUAUUAGGGUGAUUCUACUACCCGAACGCGCGAAUUAAGUACAAUUCCGUGUAAACCUCCUAGGGAAGUAUAUAUAUAUACUCAGUCGCUGG